ACCUUCAGGCGACGAUCGAUCAUGGAAGAAAUGGUGUGGAUCUCCGAACCCUUCGCCCCUGAUCCUAACGAGGCCCUCGCCUUCGACCUACAGAACUUCCUCUCCUCCGACUUGCCAACCGUCAGUCAGUACUCCUCCUAUGCUGCCCUCCGCCGGUGGAACCCCCUUGCGCCCUCCUCGGCGAGAGUCUCCAAGAAGUCCAAGCGGAAGCCGCGCGAGGGCGAGGCUAAGCUGCCACUGACUACGUACAUCAGAGCUGACCCCGCCAACUUCCGGGAGAUGGUGCAGCGAGUCACCGGACUGAUCGAUCUCGAGCCGUCGUCGGACUCGCCGUCUCCAGUUCCAAUGACGUCUGAGGCAGCCCCGCCGCCGCAGUUACUUCUGCCGACACUCGACACGUCAUCCUUGUUGCUUAACCAGUUUGCCGGCGAUGCAUUAGGGCUGCCCCCGGUUUCCCACUUCGCCUACCCGCUGCCACCGGUACUUCCGACUACGCCGCUCGAGCUGUGGGGUGUUAUGUACAGGUAACAGCUGUUAAAACGAGACGGCUAGCAUCUGCUUGUUUGGGCCGUUUGAAGCGUCCGAUGAGUAUCGGAAGGUGGAGAUCGC